ACCCCACCACGUGUUCACUUCGGCUGUGUUGUCCCCAGCACAGCCCGUGCUGGCUGUCAGCUGCAAUGCUCUCGGUGGUUUAUCCCGCAUGCUGGGAUUGUGCAAGGAAGGGUUUGCAAACCCCUGUGUGUGCAGGCAGGUCCUUGGUGCCUGCGCAUCACUGCGUGUCCCUUGCACACUCAUGCCCAGUCCAGGGCAGCACCUCCCUGCUGGGGUCCUGCAGACCCACCUGUCUCCCACAUGAGACCUCUCUGCAACAGGAUGCAGAGAAAUGCCUUCGAGUUUCCUUUUAAUAGCUCCUGUAAAUCUUGUUUUAUGCUAAAGCUAAAGACACAUUUAUUAUUGUCAUAAAGGAGGAAGAACUGGUGCGUCCCUGGCCGGCCCCAGACCGGGUGGCUCAGGAUAAGCAGAGGCAGCAGGUCAAAAGCCAUGGUUAUCUCUCACCGUUUGGCACGUUUGGGGACACAUCAAUGACAUCAGGUGAAAAACCUGUGGCUGCUUGUGGGGCACGAUCCCCCAAGGCCAGGAUGGGCUUCAGGAGCCCCAACUACAGCACGUGGAGCUGCAGGGAAAGAAUGGGGACCAGUCUGGGGAUCUGUGUGGCUAACAGCCUGGACACCUUCCGUGCCAUAAGAAGCCAUGCAGGAUGUACUUUUUUUAAUGUGCUUAUUGAAUACUUUUAAACCAUUGCACAGGCAAUCUCAAUCCCAAAUCUCAGCCCAGAGGUCAGUGGAGAAUUGGCCCUGCACCUGCAACCUGAAACCAGCUCUGCCUGGCUGGUGAGCCUCACGCUGUGCUGCUAAUUAAGGUUUGGGGGCUUGUUUUUCUUUUCUAUUUUAUUUUGAGACACUGUUUUGAGGAGCAUGGCCAAGAAUGGGAAUUUCAUACAGUAAACAGAAAAGCUUUUCUGAAGUUAUUUAUUGGUUCUGUUUUCCAGCACGUGGACUAGUAUUGAUUUAUUUUGCAGUGUCUCUGGAGGCUUCUUCAAGGUUAAAAUGUAGACAUCGCAUGUUAGGCUGGACUAAAUACUGGCAGGAAAACACAUUUGGCUCUUUUAAUUGGAAAAACAUGCUCCUUUUAUCACCCUGAGGCCAAGACUCUACCACAGCAGCGCAGGGAGGGCAGAGAAAUGAAUACAAGCACAGGAUGCUCUGGUUCAGGCUUGCUCAGGGGAUUCAGUGGGAGCACAGAGCAGCCCACUCUGGGGUCCCACCAGGCCCUGAGAGCAAUUCCCGAGGGAACAGUGGGGGCCAGUGCCUGUCCCGUGUGGGGAGGCCGGGUGUGAGCCUCCUGCUGACCAAACCACGCUGGGUUUAGGAGUAGCUACGGCCAAGCAACGGUCCCUUCUCCAUUUUUUCCUCUAUGAGCCCAUCUCAGUUGGCAUCAGGGGGUGACCAGGCUCCCGCAGCCCAACAGGAACGGCUUGGUGCUGACCCCCAGCAGCUGACGGCAAAGGCUCAUCCCAACUGCAGAUGCUCUGCAUAAAGAGCAGGAGAGACCCACACGUGCCCACCUCAGGUUCUCUUAUGCCCCAUUUUCAGUCCAUACGGGUACAACCCUGAUUCAGCUGGAGAAGGUGAUGGGAAGAGGAUUCUUCACCUCUAAGCAAUUAACAGCCUUUUACAUCCUCAAAGUGCUUUCCAGCGCUGCCUCUGUACUGCUUGUGCCCCUUUCUUUGGCAGGUUAAGGGACUUGCCCUGGUCCAUUGCAGGAGGCAGUGUCGGAGAUGGGAUGGUUGCUGCUACUAUGAAUUCCUCUUCUCCGGCGUUCCCAAGCCGGCAGUGAGUGCACGCGGCUGAGGCGGAGGUGGGGAGCUCUGCUGGGAAGGUACAGGCUGAGGUUUAGAAAUCAUGAUGUGUGAAUUGAAAUGGGAAGCAACGGAUCUCAGGAAUCACCGCAACUGCUCCAAGGUGUUCCUGAAGCUGUCAGCAAGCCAUCUGCCCACUCGCUCAAGAGCUGAAAGUUCAAUCCAGAGUGGUGAGGAACAUGGCAAAGCAAAGGAGAAGGACCUCUGGCUCCGGGUUUCUCUGCGUCGGGAUCAGAGAGCCCGUGUGCUCCAGCGCAGCUUACCCAGGAGGUUCAACGCAACCUCGUCGGGCUCCACGGAUCCCUGCGGAGCUGCCUUGGGGCUGCUCUCCCCUCUCCGCGCACACGCCUAGAAGUGUUUGGUACCAGUCUCUUGGCAAAAGAGCCCGAGGAAUGGAAGGGUAAAGAAAUAUGACCCAGCUGCUAUGCACAAUGAGGAAAUGCUCCAGGAGAAAAGCCUGUCUGAAACCGAGGAAGGGUUUCCAACAGCCCCCGCGCCCGGCCAUGCGGACUCCUCCGCCGGUUCCCCCGUCCUCGGCGUAGCCGGGGGGAGCAGCACGCCGCUCAGCAGCCCGCAGCUCCCCGACCCCGAGCAGACAAUAGAAAAUAUCAAAGUCUAUCUCCAUGAGAAGGAGCUAUGGAAGAAAUUCCAUGAAGCUGGCACCGAAAUGAUAAUAACCAAAGCAGGCAGGAGGAUGUUUCCUAGUUACAAGGUUAAAGUGACCGGAAUGAAUCCCAAGACCAAGUACAUCUUGUUGAUCGACAUCGUCCCUGCUGAUGACCACCGGUAUAAGUUCUGCGACAAUAAAUGGAUGGUGGCUGGGAAGGCAGAGCCGGCCAUGCCGGGGCGGCUGUACGUUCAUCCCGACUCACCGGCCACAGGAGCACACUGGAUGCGGCAGCUGGUGUCCUUUCAGAAGCUAAAACUCACCAACAACCACCUGGAUCCCUUUGGACACAUCAUUCUUAAUUCAAUGCACAAAUACCAGCCGCGACUGCAUAUUGUGAAGGCAGAUGAGAACAACGCUUUUGGGUCCAAGAACACAGCCUUCUGCACCCAUGUUUUCCCAGAGACAUCCUUUAUAUCGGUGACCUCCUACCAGAAUCACAAGAUAACUCAGCUGAAAAUUGAAAACAACCCCUUUGCCAAGGGAUUCAGGGGAAGCGACGACAGUGACCUGCGUGUGGCACGACUGCAAAGCAAAGAAUAUCCAGUAAUUUCCAAGAGCAUCAUGAGGCAGAGGUUGGUGUCCAGUCACGGCCAGCUUUCAACAAAGCCAGAUGUUAACCCACUUCAUGGGAAUCACCAGACCCUUCAGCAUUAUCAGUAUGAGAACGGUGCUCACAUGCAGUUUGCAGCUUCGGAUACUCAAGAUCUGCCACUCAACACCUUCACAGCACAGAGAGAUUCAGGGCUCUUCUAUCACUGCCUAAAAAGAAGAGAAAGUGCUCGGCACCUGGACCUGCCCUGCAAACGCUCCUACCUGGAAGCCUCCUCUUCUGUAGGAGACGAUCACUAUUUCCGUUCCCCACCUCCAUACGAUCAGCAGAUGCUAAGCCCUUCCUACUGCAGCGAGGUGACGCCGAGAGAAGCGUGCAUGUACUCUGGUUCUGGGGCUGAAAUUGCUGGUGUCUCAACGGUUGACGAUUUGCCACCUCCACCUCCCCCCUUGAGCUGCAAUAUGUGGACUUCCGUCGCACCUUACACCAGCUACAGUGUUCAGACAAUGGAAACUGUCCCUUACCAGCCUUUCCCUGCUCAUUUUACUGCCACCACCAUGAUGCCGCGGCUCCCGUCCAUCACGGGUCAAGGCUCGCAGCCGCCGGGUAGCAGCCACUUCAGUGUCUACAACCAGCUGUCCCAGUCUCAGGUUCGGGAGCGCGUUCCUACUUCAUCUUUCCCACGGGAAAGGGUGCACCCGUCUGUGUGCGAGAGAAAACCCCCCUCUCCGCAUCUAAACGCAGCGAACGAAUUCCUGUACUCACAAGGCUUUUCCUUGUCGAGGGAGUCAUCGCUGCAGUAUCAUUCAGGGAUGGGGACUGUGGAGAACUGGACUGACGGGUGACUCUGAGAGCCACGCGAUGCCACAGCCAACGGUACUGCUCCAGGACAGUGUUCAGUCAGUGUCGAUACCUGUGGGGAGCUUGCACUUCAGUGAGACCAAUGUGCAUUUCCAGAGGGAUUUGUGUGGGUGAAGAGUUUGUAUCUUCAAACACGCAGAGAAUUACAUCUCCGGCCUCGGUGGGCUGGAUUCACGACUGGCUUGCUCUUACUGACUCCUGAAUAAAUUAAUUCUUGCGUCUUCGUUACUGAUGCAGUAGGAAGCAUCUUCAUGACUAACAAGUGAGGUGGCUAGUCAUUUUGUUUUGCCUGUAAUAUUAAACAUCCGUGAGCAAAUUUUUGGCAAUUUGGGAAAAACAUGAGCUUCACUUUUAUGGCACUUGGUCCGUGAAGGUACAGCAUUGCAAAACUCAAAGGAAAACACUAUCUGUUCAGUUGUGUAGUUCAAGGACUGCUGUAGCAGCACUUCUUUAGCGAUUUCUAUCCGUAGGAAUUCCUUCUUCCUCUGGAAGUGAUGGAGCCGUAGGAGCGCAGGGGCCGGCGGGGAGGCUCGGCGGUGGGGACGGGGAGCUGUGGCGCUGCUCCAGUAGCUCCCCAGCACAGCGCAGGGUUCGUGCCAUGGCGCAGAGAGGAGAAGGCACUGGUGCACAAAUGUCUCUUCCCCCCACCAACACCAUCGUUCGUGGCUGUGGGAAACUAAGAAGUGAAGCGUUAUGCCUGAGGCCAAACAGCAAAUUAAUUGCAGCGUUAGGAACAGACCCAGUGUCUUCAUGCUCCCAUCCAUUGAUUGAAUCACACUCGCUUAUUGCAAUAUAUUUAUGAAGUCUGAGCUUAAAAGUUGCUAAUACUUUCCAGAAACGAUUUCUAUAUUUGUUGGUCCUUGAUUUCUUUCAUAUUCAGCUGAAACGCGCCUUUUGUGCUAUGUUUUUUUUUUUCUUUUGCGGCUAACUCAAAAAGAAUUGUUUUCAGCAUAAAGGAGGCAUAGAGGAAUAUUUUCUUCAUUGUGGGGUGGGAUGAGUUCCCGUUACCUGCCAGGCUUUACAGUGUACAAAUAUUUGUAGAACAGGUAAAAAUCUGUAACCAGUGUAUACAUUGCUACUAUUGUUUACUGUGGAAGUACCUUGAACUGACUUCUUCAGCGCUGGCUUUGCGUAGCAGAGCAUCCCUACAAGGUAAGGAGGGAUCACUCGGUGACGGCGACAGCGUGGAAUGGCUGUGGGAAAGCAAGCUGUGCUCUUUCUGGAACAAAACUCCCACUGCCCUCACCUAAAAAGCUCCAGAGCAAGGAUGCGUCCUCCUCUGGUCUGCAGCAUCCACCCUGCUGAGCUCCAGGUGAUGCCAGCAGCACAGAGGUGAUGCGGGGAGUUUGGUUCCACUAAAGAGUGCAAUAUUUAAACCUUAGUCAUGCACAGCGGGGGUUUCCCCCUCUCCUCGCUUCCCAAACGGGCAAAGGCAGAAACCUGAAAUACAAAUUGGGAAGUCAGAAGGUGCCUCUGCGGUUUGAGGAAUCCAUGAAGAGAGGCUGAUGGAUGAGGACGGCUGCUUGCAGUGAGACAACCCUAAAGCGGAGGUCCCGUUUCAACCAGGACAAUCUCAUACACUCGUUCAGCGGACCAUGCGUGUGACCGGUGUGGGUUUUGUAAUCAGAUUUUGGAAAUCACUACAAUUUUGCAUGCUGAAUAGCUAUUUAUAUACAUAUAUAUUUUAUAUAUAUAUAAAAAUAUAUAUAUAUCACAAAUGCAGGCCACGUGUCCAACUCAGCUUUGCUUUUUACAAAUGAAAUACUUAAUAAAAAUGAAUGUUGCAAGGUUUUUUUUUUUUUGAAAGACAUCUAUUUAAGUGUUUUUUUUUAGUUACACACUUUUGAUGUAAAAACUGAGAACCGGUUAGAUAAAAAUACCAUAUAUACUACAGAUAAAUCUUUAUUAGAAACUACAUUAGAUACAGCUGGUAUGGAAUUUUUAAAUGUUUGUUACACAGCAUGGACAUUUAUUUCACAUAUCAGAACAUAAAGUAAUUUUACUACUAUAAGCUGUCUCUGGGUGCAUUUCAAUAAGUAGUAUAAAAAUGUUCCGUGGUGAAUUACUGGAUGGCUCAUCUCUCCUCUGUCUCCUAUUGUCUGAUUAUAAUAAUCUCACGCUUUCCAAGAUGCACACUUGACUCUUUAUUUAACCCUCUCACAGCCCCACUGUCAAACUGCAGCUGCCCACAGCGAGAUUAAGGAGUUUUAGUUUGUUUGUGAUAUCUUGUGGUUCCUUCUUUUUGAUGGACACACAAAUUGAUCCGAACACAUGGAGCAGUACCAGGCCAAGUUCAAAGCAGCCACUGGCCUGAUAAGAGCACCGAAAUGAUGCUCUUAAACUGUUGUGCACAUCAGCUCCAACGAUGACAGUGAAGAAUUAAAGGCUGGAGGUGGGGAGGAGAGGUCUGAGGGUGUCUCUACCCAUAGUUUGAAAUGAAUUAUAGAAUCUUUUAGAAUAGUUUAGGUUGGAAGAGAUCUUGAAGACCAUCUAAUUCCAACCCCCAAUGCUCAGUUCAUUUCUCACAGCAACGUUGAAUCAACACUAAAUGAGACCAAUGCUGCCACUAUAACCUAAAAAUGUCAGCAGCCCCCAGUCCAAAUGACAAGUGACACCGGACCUUUUGCAAAUAUCAUCAACAGACUAACAAUGUCAUUAUUAAUGAACCACCAACGCUUCUAUUUUUAAUGAUUUUUCAUACACCUUCUGCUCAUCAAUGAAUAUGAAUUGACUUAAGGCAGUUUAAAAACCAACGGCUAUGAGACUCCUUCCAGCAGCUUUCAGUUAGUGCAGGAGAUGUGGAGGAGACUCAAACUGGUAAUUAACCCUUUUUAACUUGCAAGCACACAGCAGGCUCUGCUGUCAGCCUGUAAAGGUCACAGCUGAGGCUCAGUCUCAAAACUGCCACCGGAGCCAAGCAGGUGCCCUAUGAAACCCUGGGGCAAAUAACAAGCUUUUAGUUAUAAAAAUAGUCCAUGAUAUUUCGGAGUCCAGGACCUGAGUGUAAAAGGCUGAGUUAGCACACAAACAUGCAAAAUUUGGAUAUUUGUUCAUUGGGUCAUCAGCGCUCCUUUUAUAGUCAACAGAGAGCGAUCAGACAUUUAGAUUAAAAUGGGAUGAAUCAUUCUCUAGCGAUGAUCUUUUUCCACUCGGAGAGGAAUCCAGCUCAGCCACUUAGACCAGGCUGCCCAUUCCUAAAUGGCUGAAAUCAACUGACAAAAGCAUGUAGACAGCAUUAAAUAACCAUCAGCUUACAAAACACAUUGGAGCUGAUCACACAUCCAUCGCAAAAUUCUAACCUGGUUUAGUACCCAGUCUCAAGAGGAAGGUGGUGGCGCUGCUCUGGCAGGAUGAGGCACACGAGUUCCACUUCAUUUCUUCUGCCUUUCCCGUCUAGGUGGGUUUGGCAGCUGCUGAGCGUGCAACUCCCCGUCAAGCAUCACUCCCAGUGACGCCUGCCUGGCAGCACGCGGCUCAGCAGAAAACAGAGAACACAGCAGCAUCGAAGGAUCCUUGAGGAUUUGGGACGCGCCCAUUCUGGAGGCAGGAAGCCAAUGGUCUGUUUGUUUUUCAAAUCAGAAACGCUAAACUGCGGACAUCACUAGAAAAAGAAAAAAUCCCAACAACCUGCACAGCGUUAAAAUCGAUCAGGUAUACUUACUGUGUCAGGGCUUGAUUUACUGCAGCUUAAACAGCUUUUAGUUCCCAAGAAUGUGGCGAAUGUCACAUGCAUGGAGGCUUUUUCAGCUCUAGCUCUGGCUAGAUGGCUUGUGGCGCGGUAGCUGGGAAUGGCAAUCCAAGUGCAGAAAAACACAGGUCAUUUAAAAUCAGAUUAAGGCAAAAAAUUAGCAAGCGAGGAAAACUAAGAUACACGAGGUCUUUUUUUUCCAUUGAUGCAUUCUAAUUGGUACUAAAAGGCUAGGAGGCUUUUAAAUUCUGUUUUUCUUUAAAGUAGAUGUCCAAAUUUAAUAUUGGCACGAGCAAGUUUAGUUCCACCGAGUCCAAAGGCGCUUAUGCCAGCACUGAGCUUGGACUUCACUCUAAAUAGAACAAAUAUUUGUGUCAGCUUGCUGAAUAUGUGAGUAAUAUGAAAAUUUGCCAAAAUUUAAACAAGCUAAACUUCAGUCAGGCCAAAAGCCCCACCAUUCAAUUUGGUAUCGUUGGCAGCUCACAGGCUCAGGAGAGGCGGGAGUCUGGAAGAGCUGGGG